AUGUAUUGGAAAAAUGAGCUUUUGGCCCCUCUGUCCGAGGGAAAUCGAUUUCUGUCUGAAGGAAUUAACUCAAAACAGGUGAUCGGUGCACACACGCACGCGCCCACCACACCGGGAGCCUCGCGCCGAGUGGACGCCCAGCACCGACACGACGACAUGUCCCACUCUGACGGCGAGUCUCAGAGGUCAGUCAUGGAGAAAGAGGAACCUCGCUGCUCUCCGAGUCCUCCAUCCACACCAUCUAUCUGCUCGCCCACAUCCAGUACCUCUGCCUCGUCCGUGCCCCCCUCCUCCGGCAAGAACGUGUGUGCAAGCUGCGGCCUCGAGAUCCUCGACAGGUACCUGCUCAAGGUGAAUAAUCUGAUGUGGCAUGUGCGCUGUCUCGAGUGCUCAGUGUGCAGAACUUCACUGCGCCAACACAGCAGCUGCUACAUCAAGAAUAAAGAGAUCUUCUGCAAAAUGGAUUAUUUCAGUAGGUUUGGUACUAAGUGCGCUCGCUGUGGGAGGCAAAUCUACGCCAGCGACUGGGUGAGACGCGCCCGUGGAAAUGCUUAUCACCUCGCCUGCUUUGCCUGCUUCUCCUGCAAACGACAACUCUCCACCGGUGAGGAGUUUGGCCUCGUAGAGGAGAAAGUGCUCUGCAGGAUCCACUACGACACCAUGGUGGAGAACCUAAAACGAGCGGCUGAGAGUGGAAGUGGCCUCACGUUGGAAGGUGCCGUGCCAUCUGAACAGGACAGUCAGCCGAAACCAGCAAAGCGUGCUCGUACCUCUUUUACUGCUGAACAACUGCAGGUAAUGCAGGCACAGUUUGCGCAGGAUAACAAUCCGGAUGCUCAGACGUUGCAGAAACUAGCAGACAUGACGGGAUUAAGCAGACGAGUCAUACAGGUUUGGUUUCAGAACUGCCGGGCGAGACACAAAAAGCACACACCGCAGCAUGGCGGCCCUCCGCAGACCCACCCACAGGCACGCAUGCCCCCCUCGCUUCCAGAUGAGCUGCAUUACUCGCCCUUCGGCAGCCCCGAAAGGGCGCGCAUGGUGGCUCUUCGCGGCUACAUCGACAGUCAUCCAUUCUCAGUGCUGACCACACAGAGUCUCCCUCACCAGGCCAUGUCGCUGCCACAGCUGCCCCUCAGCCGCUAACGCUCCACUGUGUUGACCCCUCAUCCCUCAACCCUGACCCCCGCUCCAAAC